GGCAGCGACAGCUGUGCAAACCCACCCUCCCCACAGCAGCACCCCGCACAUCUGAGGAUGCUGAUGGCCAGGCAGAAGGCUGAGUAUGAAUCUAAAAUUGCAAGCCUGGAGCAGCAGAACAGAGUCCUGCAGUUGGAGAUCCAGGGGAUGCACUGGAAACUGGGACAGCAGCGUAAGUGGUACAGGCUGGUGGAGAUGAAGAUGAGAAAUGCAGAGAGAGCAAAGGAAGAUGCAGAGAGAAGAAAUGAAAUGCUCCAAAAAGAAAUGGAGGAGUUCUUUGAAACCUUUGGGGGAAUGAACAGGUGGAAAUAAACAGGAGUGUGUCAGUUCUAAAUGGAGCCGUGGGAGAGAGAAAGGCCUCACCUCGGGUUCAGAGGUGAAAUAUGAAACAUAACAGGAAAACCUCGGCUGUCAAUUAUAUAAUG